ACAAAAGACGACGCAAUGGCCGAGGCGCCGAGACGCGCUCGUGCCGACUUCGGACGGCGACCCCCUGCAAUGCCCAUUCUGCGACGCCAGCAGCAGCAACACCGCGGCCGCGCAGUGUUCGCCUCCCUCCGGGCGGACGGCGUGGGUCGUGCGGGAGUGCGCUGCGGCUCCGUCGAUGCCCUGUACCGCAGGCGGCCCGAGGUGGCCUCGCCGACGGCCGCCCGCUGCCGGAGCCAGGAACGAGCUCCCCGGGAAGCCUGGGCCGUCGGUUGCAGACUUGCUGAACUGAAAAAAGAAGAAGGCAAUGAGCUAUAUGGUCGUCAAAUGUACGAUGAAGCAGUCAAGCGCUACACAGAAGCAAUAGAAUUGGAUGGAAGUAAUGCAACAUACUAUUCAAAUCGGGCUGCUUGCUUCAUGAUGCUGGGAGACCACAGGGCAGCUCUAGAUGACUGCCGCCAAGCCUUGCAGAGAGAUCGACGCAAUUCCAAGAGCCUGCUGCGUGAGGCCAAGUGCUAUAUUGCACUCGGGGACCCAGCUGCUGCAUUGAGGACCCUCCAUUCGCUGCGUGUGGUGGAUCCCGAGAAUCCAGCACUUUUUCGUGAAUUGAAAAGUGCAGAGCUUCUGCAACUUUUCCUCGAUGAAGGCGAUAAGGCCUACAAAGCACAGAACUAUGAAAAGGUCAUCCACUACAUGGAUCGUGCAUUGCAGCAAGCUGUUUCUUCUUCUAAAAUCGAAAUCCUCAAAGCCGAAAGUCUUGCCCAGCUGAAGCGGUUGACUGAUGCUCGUCAGAUUGCCAAUAAGAUAAUGCGUGCUGAGCCAACAAAUGCAGAUGCCAUGUAUGUGAGAGGCUUGUGCUUCUACUACGAGGACAACAUUGACAAAGCACUGCAACACUUUCAGCAAGUUUUGAGACUAGCACCAGAUCACAAAAAAGCAUCUGCAGCAUACAAGAAAGCCCGUAUAUUAAAGUCAAAGAAGGAUGAAGGAAACGAGGCAUUUAGCAAAGGAAACUUCCAGGAAGCAUUCAACAUUUACACAGGUGCUCUUGAAGUGGAUCCUAGCAAUAAACUUGCUAAUUCAAAAUUGUACUUCAAUCGAGCAACUGUGUGCUCAAAGAUAAACAAGCUCAAUCAAACACUUGAAGACUGCACUACUGCCAUAUCACUGAAUCAAGAUUAUCUGAAGGCUUACAUGAGGCGUGCGAAAACCUACAUGGAUCUGGAAAUGUAUGAAGAAGCUGUCCGGGACUAUGAGCGCAUCUUCCGGAAAGAACAUACUCUAGAAAACAAAAGGUUACUGGAUCAGGCUAAAUUAGAGCUGAAAAAGAGCAAGCGCAAGGACUACUACAAGGUUCUCGGUAUAAAUAAAGAUGCCACUGAGGAGGACAUCAAAAAGGCUUACAGGAAGCGUGCCCUCAUGCACCACCCUGAUCGACAUUCCGAUGCUCCUGAGGACAUAAAGCGAGAACAUGAGAAAAAAUUUAAGGAGGUUGGCGAGGCAUACAACAUUCUUUCUGACCCGAAGAAGCGAGUGCGAUAUGAUGAAGGGCAUGAUUUGGAUGACAUGGACAGCUCUAAUUCAGGUGGUAGUCCUCCUGUCUUCAGGACAUUCUUUGAAACCCCUGGAUUCUUUGCCGGUCCUGGUUCUUUUCAACAUGAAGCAGGGUUUGGCUUUCCCAGCGGCUUCAGUUUUCAGUUUGGAUAAAUCUGGAUCUCUGCUGCCAAGUGUGUUUGUUCAUAUCAUUGUUAUAAAUUUACAGAAUAAUUUGUCUACAGUCUUCAGGCACAGAAUACUGCCAGAUGCUAAGUAAUUUCUUGCCUCCUCUGUCAAAUCCAUGCACGGUCAGCAAAUGACGAGGUUCAUAAAAGGUGCAUGAUGAUUUCUGUGGAUGUGUUCAUUAUUUUUGUCAUUCAAUUUUGUUGCUUACUGUCAAUAAAAGCAUUCCAUCAAUGCU